CGCCGUCGGCCGCGCGCCUCCGGGGGCGGAGUUCGCGGCGUCCGUGCUCCCGACGGAGCUGCCCUCGCGCAUCCUGCAGCCGAGCCAGGCGGGGAGCUGCAGCGCGGGGCGCGCGGCCGGCGGCGUGCUGGAGUUCGCGGCCGGCAUGCUGGAGGCGGUGGGGCAGGCAGCGGGCUGCUGCCCGCUGGCAGUCCUGGGCGGCCCCUACCGCCGCGCCCGGGGCGGCCAGGCGAGCGGGCGGCCCUCCCCGUGGCUGGCGGUGUGGGAGCGCGCGGCCCAGGGCCAGCGCGGCUGCUGCCAGGCGGCCGGGGGCUGGCUGGCCCAGUCGCUGCCCUGCCUGGCGGGCGCCGUGGGCCCCCCGCGGCUGCGCACAGGUUAUUGGAGGAUCAGGGGCCUCGGCGCGCCCAUGCGGAUGAUGUGCUCCUACUCCGGCGUCGACUGGGAAGAUGUCAAGCACGACCCUGGCUGCGAGAACCAGGCAACGAUUCUUGGGUGA